UGUUUUUUCCCCUCUCGCUUUUCUCCUAGCUGUACUUGGCGUUUCCCUCAGUUUUCUACAUAUUCUUCUUUCUCACGCUGUAUAUUCAUUCAAAGACGGACGGACAACGAAAUCUACAGUGAUUCGAAUUUUUGAGCUUGUUUGAUUUCAUCGUACCUUGUGGUGUCUUUUGAUUCUUGUUCUUUAGCAUCUGAAUUCAGGGACGAUGGGUUUCCAAGAUAGGUAUGACAAAAUGGUGGUUCGUCAGAGUUACAGGAAUGUCUGGCAUACUAGUCUCAUGGACGCCAUCACAUUUGAUCUUCCCUACUGCCUCUAUGCAGCAUGCUGCCCCCAGUGCGUUUCAUAUAUGCUGCGGAAACGAGCUCUUUACGAUGACAUGUCCAGGUACCAAUGUUGUGGGGGUUACAUGCCUUGCAGCGGCAAGCUCGGGGAAAGCCAAUGUCCUGAAUUUUGUCUAUGCACUGAGGUUGUCUGUUGCUUCUCAAAUUCAGUUGCUUCAACUCGCUUUCUUCUUCAAGAUGAGUUCAAUAUACAGACCACGAAAUGUGACAACUGCAUCAUUGGAUUUAUGUUCUGUCUUGCACAAAUUGCAUGCAUAUUCCGUCUGAUUGCUGUUAUUAGUGGAAGCGAUGAGCUUGAGGAUGCCUCAGAGAUAUUAAACUGUUUCAAUGAAGCAGUUUAUUGCACGGUCUGUGCUUGUAUGCAGGCUCAGCACAAGAUUGAAAUGGACAAGGAUGGUAAAUUCGGGUCUGCACCGAUUAUGGUGGUUCCUCCAGUGCAGCAGAUGUCACGGAUUGAUCAGCCAGUGCCUCCAGCUGUUGGAUAUCCACCUCAACCACAGCAGUGGCAGCCGCCCUAUGGCUAUGCAUGUCCGCCACCUAUCCCAGGCUACGCUGGCGCUGCACACCCACUACCCCCUCCUGGUUACCCAGCUAAUGCUUCUCUAGUACCCGCUCCAGGUUACUUUCCUCCUGGAUACCUGCCACCUACUCAACAUUUGCCUUCUACAGGAUAUCCCUCUCCUCCUCCUCCUCCUCAAGGUUAUCAUAAGUGAUCUAGAUAGUAAUACAUGUUCAAAUACAUGUAAUCUGAAUGCUGAAAUUUGGAUUGACUCGUUGUUCACUUUCUCCUCAACCGCUGUGAUAUGCAUUGGAAAUUUUACUACACGGAA